UUUGUCUUCCUAAUUAGGUAAUUUCUUGUUUAUCUUUUACAUUUCACAAUUGGGAGGCUUUGACUAUCACAACUCUAGAUCAUGUGCAUCACCUAAAUUUAUCUUCUUUCUUUAUCAGCUUCAAAAGUCCAUAUAUAAAGUUAUAGCUUCCAGAUGCUACAGUUUGAUUUUUUAAUCUUAUGCCAACUAACCUCAGUCAGAUUUGGAGGAAUCCAUCAUCAUCAUCAUCAAAAUCCAGGCCUGCAGCUACCAUUGAUCUUUUCUUCUUCUGUAUAUAUAAUUAAACUAUUCCUGUGAGAAAAAUUCCUUCAGGGAUCUUAGAUUUUGUUUCUCUUCAGCCUUUUGGUUGACCUUAAAGAUUACAGGACUUUACAAGUUAAGGCUUAGGGAUUUCAGAUCAAUGAGCUAGGGAUUUCUGUGCACUUGGGUUCUAAGGAUGAUCUUAAAGACUUAGGAUACCAGAACAAUAGUUACAGACAGAUUGAAGUUAUGAUGAUAAUACAAAUUUCAUAUUGGAGGUGUACAGAUAAUCUGGCUGGAACAAUCUGCUGAUGCUUGGUAGGAGGAGAUCCCAUAUCGAAAAGAGUUUGAAGAUAAACUGAGGCUGUUUUCUUAGUUUCAUAUACUGUUUAGUCUGGUGGACGUCAUUAUAUUCAUUCAUUGAAUGUGAAAAAGAAGGCAAAAGACCAUGGUUUUGAUUUUGUAAAAGAUAGGGUGUAGACAUGAUGGGUGGUCAGAAAGCUGUGAAUACAUCAACUCCAUGCGCUGCAUGCAAGCUGCUGAGAAGGAGAUGUGCUCAAGAGUGUCCUUUCUCUCCAUAUUUUUCCCCAAAUGAGCCUCAGAAGUUUGCCUGUGUUCACAAAGUGUUUGGGGCUAGCAACGUCUCUAAAAUGCUCAUGGAAGUUCCAGAAAACCAGAGGGCAGAUGCAGCAAAUAGUCUUGUAUACGAGGCAAAUGCAAGAUUACGUGAUCCAGUGUACGGUUGCAUGGGUGUUAUCUCAAGCCUGCAACAUCAGAUUCAGUCUCUUCAAGCUGAACUUGGUGCUGUUAGAGGGGAUCUUAUGAGAUACAAAUGUCAAAACCAGAGUACUACUCUUGCACCUCCAGCUUCAAUGGUCAAUAUCAGAUAUCCUACUAAUAUAGCAGUUUCAUCAACUGCCUGUUCUCAGACCACAGACUCUCCAGAUUUUGCAGCGGUUUCUACCUCCACGUUAACAAAUAUUACUGAUAAGGAGAGUCUCUUUUCUGCUUUAUCCUUUUUGCACUCCAAUAUUAUCAAAUAUAGUGGUUUACUCCUCUUCCAUGACCCAUCUGUCACGACUAAUAAAUAUUUCAAUAACCCACGUAUGGUGAGCUUGACGAUCCUCUUAACGCUCACUGCAUCAGUUUUCUUAGCCAAAAUCCUUAGUUCAUAUGUGAUGGACUAUAAGUGUUUUAAGUUACCAUCUUCACCUAUAUAGAAAGGACUACAAAACUACAUGGAGCUUGAAUAGUCUACCUAAUAUUUAUUUUCAUAUGAUCUACUCUUUUCAUAUUUCUUAUGAUCAUCCUUACCUUCAUUCCACUUAGGUAGCUUGAAUGGUUCACAUGGUUCACUUUACACUUUAAAUUCAGUGAAACCCAAACAUUUAUUUUCAUCUUUACCCUCAUUUUUGUGUCUUGUAACAUUUGGGUAGCUUGAAUGGUUCACUUUACACUUUAAAUUCAGUGAAACCCAACCAUUUCUUUUCAUCCUUACCUUCAUUGUUGUGUCUUGUAGCACUUACACUUUACGCUUUAAAUUCAGUGAAAUCCAAAUGUUUAUUUUCAUCCUUCAUUCAUGUGUCUUGUAGCACUUGGGUAGCUUAAAUGGUUUACUUUACACUUUGAAUUCAAUGAAACCCAAACAUUUAUAUUCAUCCUUACCUUCAUUCUUGUGACUUGUAACUUGUAACACUUGGGUAGCUUGAAUGGUCCACUUUACUUUAAAUUUAAAUUUAAAUUCAAUAAAACACAAACAUUUCUUUUCAUCCCUUACUAUAUUAGCUUAUUCUCAUACAACCCUUUCAUUACUUCACCCUCUUAGGUAUCACAAUAUCUGUCCUUAAGGAGCCUAAAUAUUCCACUUUAGAUGGACUCCUCACCCUAGCUUUGUAAUAUGGGAAUCAAAGGUUAAAUGGUGAACUUUUGACUCAUGACAUAAGAUGGCUAUACAUAGAAAUUUUUAAAUCAUUCAUGCUAACCUCUUUUUUGAACUUUAAUGAUUAAUCAAAUAUUGAGUAUUCAAUCUUACACAAAAUAAAAAUAGAACUCUUUUUCUAUUAUACAAAAUUAAGAUUAAAUCACAAGGUUAGUUUUUAGAUUACAUGGUAAUUUGUAAUACAUAAAAUUACUUAACAUAUUUAGAUUAAGGGUAAUUAUAACAUUUAAGCAAUUUGAACAUGCUUAAAUCAUAUAGUAGAUUACAACAUACAAAACUAUUAAAAUGUGUGUGCGCGCGUGUCCGUGUGUGUAGUAUCAACACUUUUAUAUCUAAUCACAUGUCAUUAUUUUGAAAUUUUAGAGCUAUUAACUCAUCUUGACUUGGUUA